UUAUUGUAAGUGUCGUCGAUCAUUCGUAUAAACUGCAAUUUUUAGAUUAUUAAUGGGAAAUUGGGAAUAUUCUAGCUGAAGGCGCUGGUUUUUGUGCGUAGACGACUAUGAUCAUUGAUCGGCGGUUUUGAUUUUUGCGGCCGAAGAGGUCAGUGAUGAUUGUAGCUCAAUAGUUUGGAAAAUUCUCGCUGAAAUUUGAUCUUUUACGACAUGAGAUAUUUGUUGAUGAAAAAGCGAAAAUUAAUUUUUGAAUGUGGAUAUGAUUCAUGUAUGCUUCAUUUUCACCCCUCCAUGUGUGGAUAUUCUCCUUUUGCAAUGAGUCAGCUCACUGAACAUGUCAAUUUUCUAUCCGUACUGAUUUCAAUCUCGUAUUUGAUGUGAAAAAUUUGUUGAGCUGUUCCGGUGUCCAUUUACUUGUUUGUAUGUUGUUGAAGGUCAUGAGCAGUUAAUUUGGUCGAGGAUUGGAGUCAUAUCAAUGUAGAAGUUAAGAGUGCAUUAGCAACAUGUUUACUGUUAAGAGAAUAUGUUGAAUGUUUCAUGUGAAAUUGUUAUGUAGAUGACCUAAUUUCUGUGACACUAUGAAACAAGAAUUUUGGAGAUAUGUAGAUACAAAGUCUUGAUUUCAAAUUUAAAUUCCAAAAGUCUAAGGUCCAUUUGAUGAAUCCGGUGUUCUUUUAUGUCUGGAUUUAUGAGAGAAGGAGGUUUGAGCUAGGAGAAGGAGUUGCUGAAACAUGGUUAUAGCUUUAAAGAGAAAUAAUUAUCUCUAGAAGUGUCUGGUAAAAAGCUUGAGAGCUCAGUGUAAAGGAAUCUUUUAGCCAUACUACUUUUAGAUUGGAAGGAAGCUGAGCAUUUUCGAUGAUUAACAUAUUCUCCGUGGGCUUAUCGACAACACAGAGGAUAGAGUCUCAGGAAAAGAGAAUCUAUCUGUUUCAGGUAAAGAAAACAAGUCACCUUAUAUGCCAUAUUACUCUAUACGCAGAGCUUUUGAUUCUUCCAAAAAGGUGGUUUUGUGACCACUGACCCGCAUCAUCCAUUAUACAGAGCCUGUUGAUGGGUUAAUUGUUCGUUUCUCUUCCCUCGGGUAGGUAAGGAAUAAAGUUUGCAGGCUGUCCUCGACUCUGCUUUCACUUUGCACCUUCUGGUGGAUUGCUGCAAUGAUAAGGAGUCAUGAAAAGGAUUCCGAGCUACUUAUCUAGAAUAAUUACACUAUCUUUUUAAUCAUUGGUAGAUUUUUCCUUCUUUGUUCUUCCAUGGUCGAAAAUCGUCUCUGUUUUUGGGAUUCCUCAAUCUAGUAGUUUAUUCCUUCAUGGGACCUCAUUAAUAUCAUUGUUUUAGCCAAACGAAUCUGAAAAUAAGUUAUUCUUUUGUUUUGUUUUAUUUUCAACUUGUUGCUUGGAAAUGAUAUCAGUGUAUUUCAUGUGUCUAGUUGUUGGACUGAGUAGUUCGUUAGAAAAAAGUUUGCUGCCAGAGCCAAAUGCAGAAUCUUUUUUGGUGAGUUUGAUGGCAUAGAUUAACUUGGACUAUAUCCAACUACUAGGUUUACGUCUAAGUUUAGUUUAUUUAUGUUAGUUUGAGUCACAAAGAAUUAUCUGCUGCUGAAAAGAGGUUUGUAUGAUCAGCUAUACUUUUAUGGAGCCAUAAUUCUCAAUACACAGCUCAUGUAGAUAUGUAUUGGUGCAUAUUUCCAAAAAAAAGAUAUGUAUUGGCGCAUCAUGUUUAGCCGUUUAGAGUAGACAAGACUUCAACUAUUCUUGGCCUUAACAUGGCUACAUAUAUGUGAAGGAUUUGCCUACAGCACAGGUAACAGGUUCACAUGUCUUCCUUCUUUAAGUCAUCAUCUGCUUGAAUCAAUAUUCCAUUUAUACCUCACAGAAAUAGACAUUACUGGAAUUUUGAAAUAUAUAUAGUACUAGCUAUUAUGAGAUUAAGUUAAUAAAUUUAACAAAACAUAUCUUUAUGUUAACUAGCAGAAAGAACGUACGUUGUACGUGUAAUUAAUGUUAUUAUAAUUGAUAAUCUAUUAUUUAAAAAAAUUUAUUAAUUCAUUAUUUUUAUUAGAUAAUUUAUUAGAUGGAUAUAUUUAUUUAUAAGCCUUAUCAAUACCCAUAUCUAUAAACAGGGGUAAAAUAGGCAAUCCACAAGUUGUGCCUUAGACUGCCUUAGGCUCUUUUUUCUAUUAGUAUAGAUUGAUAAUUUAUAACAUCAGAACUAUUAUUUGUUAUUAAUAUAAUUUAUUUGGUUAGAUCUAUGCUUCUAUCUAUUACAAUUGUACUAAAUUAUUAAAGUGCAUUUAGUUCUUUAAAAUGUGAAUAUUAAGGCAUAUAAUAGAGAAGCAAAUUGAGUUAUGAAUAAUUGAUUAUAAGUCAUAUUGAUAGUUUAUUUUAAAUAUAUCUUCCACAAAAAUUUCUAGCUUAAAAAAAUUAUACGUACCUUGUUCAAUAUUUAAUAUUGUCGUCUUACCAACUGCCAUGCGCUUUGUCGUCAUUUGAAACUUCUAGUUAUUGCUUUUAAUAUUAUUAGUUGGGCCCCUUUGACAAGUUUUUAUGGCUACAUCACUGGUUAUAGGGAUUGUGAUAUUUCCAUUUGUCACUUGGAAGUGUCUCCAAGAAUAUCAUAAUAUGCUGGCAAAAGUAACAGGAAUUUACAUCAACUAGUGGGUACCCAAAUUAUUAUGAAGUGCCAAGUCAGUAAAGUAUUUUGAGGAUAAGAACACCUUGUACCAUAGUGUAUGAAUAUGAUAAAUUCAAGUAAAUGUCUCACUUAUAGUAUCUUGCCUUUACACCCCAACCCAUGGGGGAGCAUCCAUGAUUAGGUGAUUGGCCAGUAAAAAAAAAUAUUCUAGCAUUUAAAUCCAAUAAUAGUAUACUAGUUAACUUUUUGGUCUUGGCUUGGCAACCUCAAGUCACUAAUAUUUAGUCUCUUUUUGUGAAAUGUGGAAGAUCUUAUGCUUUUUUGACUCUCAUCAGGUGGAAGAGGAAUAAAUUAAGCUCUAUUUCUACCAAAAUAAGUACUAUCAAUUUUGUUUAUUGUUUAUAUAUAAGAGGAUUUCGCGCGAUAAAAUAAAUGAGUUAGAGCUGCUAUGUAAUAGACUCUUCUGUGUAGACAUUGACAUAUAGGAUAUUUGUUAAUCCCCCCCUUUUCAAUCCGGUUAGUCUUAACUUCAUUUUAGAAAGCACUUGGUGCUCUUAAUCUCUGUGCGUCUGUUGAAAUCAUUGAAUCUUUACAUGGGCGAGGAACAUGACAUGCAUACAAGUGGUAGGAUGGUGGAAACUCUCAGCUGCAAUAGAUUUUUGUGUGCGCAUGUGUGUUUCGUUCCUAUCCAAGAUUACACACACAAAAAGUAGACGUGGCAAUGGAGAGGGGGGGGGGGGACCUUCCUUGGAUCUUUUCUCCCCCAUCUAUGCAUGGAAUAUUUAUCCUAUAUAACCGUAUGCCACCUUAGCUCUUUUCCUAUUGUAAACCAAAUAUUUCGACACUUCCUUUUGUGCUAUCUCUUCUUAUUCUAUACAAUGGAACGCCAAGCUGCCUAUAUGAGGAAUGCUUUAUUCGAUCAGGGAUAUCUUGAUGAACAGUUCCUUCAACUGGAAGAUCUGCAGGAUGAAGUCAACCCUAACUUUGUUGAAGAAGUGGUCAAGCUAUUUUACACUGACUCGGUCCGACUAAUUCGAAGCAUAGAACUGACACUAGAAAAUACCCCUUGGGACUUCGAGAAACUGGAUAAGAUCAUGCAUCAGUUCAAGGGCAGCAGCUCUAGCAUUGGUGCCAAAAGAGUCAAGAAGGAAUGCACACAAUUUCAAGAAUACUGCAAAGUUGGCAACUUUGAUGGGUGCAUGAGGGAAUUCCAAGAGGUAAAACAAGAGCAUGCAGCCCUCAAGAGGAAGCUUGAGAAUUAUUUUCAGGUCUUUCUCGUUGUACAUGUGGGUAUACAUUUGUCUGUGUAUUGGGAAAAAAAAUGGUAAAUUUUUAUUUACAAAUUAAUUGUUUUUUUCCCUUUGUAUUUUCAGCUAGCAAGAGAAGCUCGUUAACUCGCUUACAUAAACGAUGAUACUGAUGCCAAAUAGCCUAUAUAACCUUUUGUAUAAUGAAAUAAUUUUCGAAUGUAAACAAGUGGACAUUUCUGCGUAAGUGGAUUUGUCGAUUUAUUUCAUCUCUAACUUUUAUGUAUCACUUUCUUUGAAACUCUGCAAUUGCUACUGGUGAAAGUUGUCAAUUCACUAAAUAAACUCUAUCUAAAUUUCAGUU